AGCUACUGGUACGCCGACAGCUUUCCACUACCAUCAUGAUCCGUGCAUGCAUCCUCCUGGCUGUGGCCACCAGCGCCUUCGGUGGCUAUCUCCCAACCUAUGGCAUUGGCCAUGCUAUCACUGGUCUUAGCUAUGGCGCUGCUCCAGCUGCCAGCUACGCCAUUUCCGCUCCAGCCAUUACUCGCACGGUCUCCACCUCCUACCACGCUGCCCCAGUCGUGGCUGCUGCUCCAGCUGUCGCCACUGUAGCUGCUGCUCCAGCUGUCACCAAGGUGUACCAGUCUGCUCCAGUUGUGGCUUCUGCCCCAGCCGUCGCUACUGUCGCCGCCGCCCCAGCUGUGUCCCAAGUAACCACAUACGCUCAGGCUGCUCCAGUCAUCGCUGCCGCCCCCGCUGUCACUAGGGUUUACCAGUCUGCUCCAGUUGUGGCUGCUGCCCCAGCUGUAUCCCGCGUGACAACUUACACUCAGGCUGCUCCAGUCGUCGCUGCCGCCCCAGCUAUCACUAAGGUUUACCAGUCUGCUCCAGUUGUGGCUGCUGCCCCUGCUGUGGCUACUGUGGCUGCUGCCCCAGCUGUGUCCCGCAUCACCACCUACACCCAGCCUGCUCCAGUCGUCGCUGCCGCCCCAGCUGUCACCCGAGUUUACCAGUCUGCUCCAGCUGUUGCCGCUGCCCCAGCUGUGUCCCACGUGACCACCUACACUCAGGCUGCUCCAGCUGUUGCUGCCGCCCCAGCUGUCACACGGGUUUACCAGUCUGCUCCAGUUGUGGCCGCUGCUCCAGCUGUUGCCACUGUUGCCGCUGCCCCAGCUGUGUCCCGCGUCACUACCUACACCCAGGCUGCUCCGACAGUUGCUACUACUUUCCACCAGGCUGCUCCAGUUGUGGCUGCUGCUCCAGCUGUCGCCACCUAUGCUGCUACCCCAGCUGUUGCUGCUGUCCACGCAGCUCCAGCUGUUGCCACCACUACCGUCCACCACGCGCCAGCUGUUGCCACCGUUGCUCAGGCUGCCCCAGCCUUCUCUACUUACCAGACCGCUCCAGUCUACGGAUAUGGCGUUGGAACCCUGGGCUACGGUGCUGGCAGCUACGCUCUCGGUCAUGGCAUCGGCGUCUACGGCCUGAACUAUGGCUAUGGUCUCGGCACUCCCUUCGACUACACCACCCUUCUCCGCAGGAAGAAGUAGGAUGAACAUCGUUACAGAUACGUGGGAAGAGAUCGAACAUCAUCAAGUCACAAAAUAAAAUUUUUAGAAACCCCUGAA